UACUCUCGGUGAGGAAAGCGGGACUAUGUGAGGGACAAAAGGGACAAAAGAGGCGGGCGAGGAGGCGAGGACUGAGCUGGGAAGUGAAGGGCGGACUUGGUAGCAGCUGUAGCUUUUAGCUGCCGCGACUGCCGGAAGGCAGCGUCUUCCUCAGUGAGGUGGUUGGUUGACUAGGCCUCAGCGGCCAUGGCUGUGGACUUUGGGGACAAUGCCAGUGGCUUUCGCCACAUGGAUGUAAUCCGGUUCAUCAACAAUGAGGUCCUCGAGAACGGGGGUGGCCCCAAUUUUUACAUGGCCUUACGGUCGCGACCCUGGAACGAGAUAGAGGAUCAGCUGCAAAUCGUGGUUGCUGACCCGCGGGUGCCGCACACCGUCAAGAGAGCCUGUGCCUGGAGCGCACUGGCAUUGAGCGUCCGUGUGGGCGCAAGGCAGUGGGAGCAGCAGGCUUACCAUAUCAGGCAGCUCCAGAAGCAGGUGAGGGAGCAGGAGGCAGCUUCCCGGGCCCUGGCCAAUGAGCUGAAGCGCCUCCGUGAGGCGCGUGAGGAGCGUGAUAAGGCGGUAGUGCAUCGAAGCGCAUGGUUCACCCUGAAGCAGGUGAUGGACGAGCGAGAUAUGUUGCGUGGGCGACUGCUCCAGCUUGAGAGAGCGGCCCAGCUAGCACCUGUGGCACAUGAAAUGCUGCCUGGGCCUGGAGCUGAGCAGCUUGGGGCUACAGCAUGGCCCAUGACUGUACCGGAGCAAGGCAAGAUGGUGGCUGUGGGAGCACAGGGUAUGCCACAUUCAGAGAGUCAGAUGGCAGCCCCAGCAGCUGUGGUUUAUGUCCCCGGACCUCAGAGCUCCUUUGCCCAGGAAGUGCAACCCCUUCCACCAAUGAUGGUGCCACAUCCAUUCCCAUGCCAUGAGUCAUUCCCACCGGGAUACCCAUAUAUGACACCUUUACCACCUUUAGCAGUUAUGGAAGGGGGAGCAGUCACGGCAGCAGCAGUGCCAGUAGCAGUCACACCCCAGGUGCCUCCUCUGGGGAUAUACCCACUUGGUCAGUGGGCUGCAGUGGGGGCCCAGGAAGAGAUGGCCCCACCAUGUGACCCGAGUUUCUAUGCCCAGGAGGAAUAUUCUGAGAACAUCCAGGGGGGAAGUGCACAGGAGGCCUGCAGAAGCCACAACCAAGAGAAAGGUGCUGUGUGUGCCCAGGGGAUGUCCUCCCUGCAGGACAGCAGAAGCCACAGCCGAGAGGAAGGUGCUGUGUGUCCCCAGGGGAUGUCCUCUGUGGGGGAAAGCAGAAGCCACAGCCGAGAGGAAGGUGCUGUGUGUCCCCAGGGGAUGUCCUCUGUGGAGGAAAGCAGAAGCCACAGCCGAGAGGAAGGUGCUGUGUGUCCCCAGGGGAUGUCCUCUGUGGGGGAAAGCAGAAGCCACAGCCGAGAGGAAGGUGCUGUGUGUCCCCAGGGGAUGUCCUCUGUGGGGGAAAGCAGAAGCCACAGCCAAGAGGAAGGUGCUGUGUGUCCCCAGGGGAUGUCCUCCCUGUGGGACAGCAGAAGCCAGAGCCGAGAGGAAAGUGCUGUGUGUCCCCAGGGGAUGGCCUCUGUGGGGGAAAGCAGAAGCCACAGCCAAGAGGAAGGUGCUGUGUGUCCCCAGGGGAUGUCCUCCCUGCGGGACAGCAGAAGCCAGAGCCGAGAGGAAGGUGCUGUGUGUCCCCAGGGGAUGUCCUUCCUGCGGGACAGCAGAAGCCACAGCCGAGAAGAAGGUGCUGUGUGUCCCCAGGGGAUGUCCUCUGUGGGGGAAAGCAGAAGCCACAGCCAAGAGGAAGGUGCUGUGCGUCCCCAGGGGAUGUCCUUCCUGUGGGACAGCAGAAGCCAGAGCCGAGAGGAAAGUGCUGUGUGUCCCCAGGGGAUGUCCUUCCUGUGGGACAGCAGAAGCCAGAGCCGAGAGGAAGGUGCUGUGUGUCCCCAGGGGAUGUCCUCCCUGCGGGACAGCAGAAGCCAGAGCCGAGAGGAAGGUGCUGUGUAUCCCCAGGGGAUGUCCUUCCUGCGGGACAGCAGAAGCCACAGCCAAGAGGAAGGUGCUGUGCGUCCCCAGGAGAUGUCCUCCCUGUGGGAAAGCAGAAGUCACAGCCAAGAGGAAGGUGCUGUGUGUCCCCAGGGGAUGUCCUCCCUGCGGGAAAGCAGAAGUCACAGCCAAGAGGAAGGUGCUGUGCGUCCCCAGGGGAUGUCUUCCCUGUGGGGCAGCAGAAGCCACAGCCGAGAGGAAGGUGCUGUGCGUCCCCAGGGGAUGUCCUUCCUGCGGGGCAGCAGAAGCCACAGCCGAGAGGAAGGUGCUGUGCGUCCCCAGGAGAUGUCCUCCCUGCUGGAAAGCAGAAGCCACAGCCAAGAGGAAGGUGCUGUGUGUCCCCAGGGGAUGUCCUUCCUGCGGGACAGCAGAAGCCACAGCCAAGAGGAAGGUGCUGUGUGUCCCCAGGGGAUGUCUUCCCUGUGGGACAGCAGAAGCCACAGCCGAGAGGAAGGUGCUGUGUGUCCCCAGGGGAUGUCCUUCCUGCGGGACAGCAGAAGCUACAGCCAAGAGGAAGGUGCUGUGCGUCCCCAGGAGAUGUCCUCCCUGCGGGGCAGCAGAAGCCACAGCCAAGAGGAAGGUGCUGUGUGUCCCCAGGGGAUGUCCUCCCUGCGGGAAAGCAGAAGCCACAGCCAAGAGGAAGGUGCUGUGUGUCCCCAGGGGAUGUCCUUCCUGCGGGACAGCAGAAGCCACAGCCAAGAGGAAGGUGCUGUGCGUCCCCAGGAGAUGUCCUCCCUGUGGGGCAGCAGAAGCCACAGCCGAGAGGAAGGUGCUUUGCGUCCCCAGGAGAUGUCCUCCCUGUGGGGCAGCAGAAGCCACAGCCGAGAGGAAGGUGCUGUGCGUCCCCAGGAGAUGUCCUCCCUGCGGGAAAGCAGAAGCCACAGCCAAGAGGAAGGUGCUGUGUGUCCCCAGGGGAUGUCCUCCCUGCGGGAAAGCAGAAGCCACAGCCGAGAAGAAGAUGCUGUGCGUCCCCAGGAGAUGUCCUCCCUGCAGGAAAGCAGAAGCCACAGCCGAGAGGAAGGUGCUGUCUGUCCCCAGGGGAUGUCCUCCCUUGGGGACAGCAGAAGCCACAGCCAAGAGAAAGGUGCUGUGUGUCCCCAGGGGACAGUGCCCCAGGGAGACAGCAGGAGCCACAGCCAAGAAGAAGGCCCUGUUUGUCCCCAGGGGACAGUGCCCCAUGGAGACAGCAGGAGCCACAGCCAGAAGGAAUGUCCAGUGAUGCCCCAGGAGAAGUGCUCCAUGAGCAGCAGCAAGUUCCCCAAGCAAGAAGGUCCAGAGAAGCCCCAGGGGACAUGUCCCCUGUGGUACAGCAAAAGUUAUACUGUGAAAAAAAGCUCCAGGAAACAGGAGCAAAAGGUGAAGCAACCAAAAGAGAAGAAUUCCUCAGAUACCCAGCAUCAGCAGAAGCCUACUAUACCUCCCAAUCAAAAUUGUUGGGAGUGCCUGCGCUGUAAAGCAGUGAAUUUUCCAUGGCGCAAGUCCUGCUAUAAAUGCAAGAAUGUCUGCAGGGCAUUUGAGAGUGGAGGCCUGGAUCCAGGAGAAGCUCACUGAUUUCAGUAAGUUUUAUAGGUAGGGGCUCAUUUUUGUCUCUGAGCCCCAUGGAAUUUGCCUGUUGCUGAAGAAUCUGAACCUAUCCCGUUUAGAAGAUCUUCCAAGAUCCUGAAGAAAUCACACUUCAUUUCUGACUGACCUGCACCUCAGCGAGACCCUCCCGGCUGGCUGAAGCUAAGAAGAAGUCAGGAAAGAAGAGAUGCUUUGGGACUUAUUAGAGGGAAAAGGGAUACAACAUAAUUUUGUUAGGAUUUAAUUUCUCUGUUGAUAUGGAAUUAUUUCAGAAGUGCUAGGGGGUGGGUUUGCAGUGUUAAAUUCUAUAGAUGAUAGCAAAUUUGAUAGGUUUCAUUUAAUUAAACAACUAGUUAUUGAUUGUCUAGUAUAUGAUAGGAGGUAGAAUUAUAUUGUAUUAUCUAAUGUACACAAAUCUUUUUGGUGAGUUUGGUUAGAUGACAGGGAACAGCAUAAUUUGAGAUACAUUAUAGAUUAGAGGUGACUUUAUUUUGCAUGUUGUGUGGCCUUUGGGUAAACCCAGUUGAAAUAGCAUCCAGAUAUUUUUGUAGUUCCAGGGGCAAGAUCAAAGAGAUUUUUGUGGAUGGACUUGAUUUCCCAACCGUUCAUCUCGUUGGUCCCAGAUGAUACAAAUAAGUAGUGGCAAAGAGCAGUAAAGUUCAGGCAGGACUUUUCUGAUACUCUCCCGAUUUCCUCCCUCGAGAUGGACAGCUAGUUUCCUGGUUGCCUGAAAGACCACUGAGUGGCUGCCUUAAAGAAGUGCUUGGGGGAGUGCUGGCAACACAGCUUCAGGCAGCCACCAUCCCAAGCCCCUUUCCAGCCAGUGGAUGAAGAACAAAAUGUGUUCUAAGGACAGACAUCAUGCUGUGGAUGGUGCUUCUCUUGGGAGGACUAAUUGGAUUAAAAGUAGAACUGGACUGGGACAAGUACUCUUGAGAAUGCCCUUGGGCCCUUAUAUUCCACUUUGUGUGUUCUCUGCAGGCGCUCUGCUCCCCUGAGGCACCUGCUGCAAGCCAGGGGGAGCCAGGGUAGAGCCCAGGGGCUGGAAGUCAGAUCAGCCUCCAGUCUGAGCAAGAGGUAUCCUGGAGUUCUCCCAGGAGAUUCCAGCUCAUCAGGCUCAGGCUCUGUCAGAAGUUUUCUGUUUCUUUUUUUUUUUUUUAAACUUUACGUAACUGUAUUAGUUUUGCCAAAUAUCAAAAUGAAUCCACCACAGGUAUACAU